AUACAAAUCUUGUGAUUGUGAUAUGUCUAGCAAAAAAUUAAUAAAAUACUUUUCUAUCGGUUCUUUAGCAACAUGUGGAUUUCUAGCAGGAAUAUAUACAGAACGAAAAAGGCACUUAUGCAACAACGACCAUUUAAAUAUAAAAAAUAUGCCGGGGCUUCCAAUGUUCGGUACCGUUUCUGCAGCAUCACCUUAUACCCCUGUUCCUGUACCUACUGAUCCAUCUAUAACUGCUCCAGAAAUAAAAACUCACACGAGUAGAGUAUCACAAAUAAUGAAAUACGGUUUUCCCAGUCUUGAUCAGGUCAGAUCUUUCAAUGAUUAUGUAUUGAGCUAUGAUCGUAGGAAUAGAGUUGCACACUGGGUCUUUGAACAUUUGACUAAAGAAUCAGUUAAACACAACAGCUCGGUUGAUAGAUCUAAGUGCGAAUUUAAACCUGACGACAGUAUACAUAAAUAUUUCAGAUCUGAAAAUUCGGAUUAUAAAAAGUCUGGUUAUGAUAGAGGACAUUUAGCAGCAGCCGGUAAUCACAAGUACAGCCAACAACAUGUUGAAGAAACUUUUUACCUAUCUAAUAUGGCCCCGCAGGUAGGUAAAGGGUUCAAUCGAGACGCUUGGAAUAAAUUAGAAAAACAUGUUAGGAAAAUGACGAAAGAUUAUGAAAAUGUUUAUUGUUGCACAGGACCCUUGUACUUACCAAGUAAAGAAAAUGAUGGAAAAUUUUACGUGAAAUAUGAAGUUAUAGGUGCAAAUCAUGUCGCCGUGCCGACUCAUUUUUUUAAAAUAGUGGUGGGAGAAUCUUCUAAUGGCAAAUUGGAAAUGGAAGCUUAUGUAAUGCCCAAUAAAGUAAUUGAUGAGAAUGUACCAUUAACUAGUUUCCAGGUACCACCCGAUAGUAUAGAAAGGGCAGCUGGAUUACUAUUUUUCGAUAACCUUUCUAGGAACAAACUUAGCAAAGUUAAUGGUAAAAAGAAUUGAAAUCUCCAA